AUGGCAGGCCCUACACGACGCGGCACCUGCAUGUGCCAGGGUAUCGUCUACGAGGUGAACGAUAAACCUGAGCAGACGGUCGCUUGCUACUGUAAGCACUGCAAGCUGAAUGGGGGAAGUGCCUUUCAGAUCACAGCUUGCUACAAUAAGGAGCAAGUGAAAGUACUCUCCGGGGAAGACCUCAUUGGCACCUGGACGCUCAAAGAUACGAUUAGCGGCAACGAUAAGCACAAGCGUUUCUGUACUCGUUGCGGAUGCACUCUUUGGACUGUCCCGAUGAUAUUCAAUGGGGAGAAAUUCAUGGUCAGAACAUCGUUAUUAGAGAACGGGCUUGAGGACCUUAAGCCCGAAUCAGAACUCUUUGCCACUGAAAAGCCUUCAUACCUUGAGUCCAUUAAAGCACUCUAG